AAGGCAGAGAAGAGCCAGAGAAAGAUAACCCUAAUUGGACUUUGGAACAAUGAUGACAAUUUGCGACCUUCCAGUGGAUUUGGUAGAGGAUGAGAUAAUCUCUAGGCUGCCGAUGACAUCUCUGAGAUCAGUGAGAUAUACCUGCAAAACUUGGAACACUUUAUGUAAAAAUCGGAUCUUUUUUGGUAAACCAAAGAAGCACUUCUUGAUGAUGGACUCGUGGAGGAUUUGUUUGAUGAACUUCGAUCUCAGCAAAGGCGGCAACCCGUCUAUAAGACAAGAAAGCAUACUUGAUCAAAUCCAGAUCUCUAAUGUGUUCCACUGUGAUGGCUUGUUGCUAUGCGUUCUUAAGGAUAGCUCUAGGCUCGUGGUAUGGAAUCCUUACUCAGGGCAAACGAGGUGGAUCGAACCCAGACACAGUUUCCAAUUCAGAGACAGCUUUUCUCUCGGAUACGACAGCAACCUUAACCACAAGAUCCUGAGGAUAUUCGAUGAGAUUCAUCCAGUUACAAGUAGGCAUGUUUUAGGGUUCGAAAUUUACUGUCUUAGCUCGGGUUCUUGGAAGUUUCUUGAUGUCGUCAAUACCCACUGGGAGAUAUUGUCUAAUGUACGCAGCGUCUCUUUAAAAGGAAACACUUAUUUUACUGCUCAAAAGAUCAUAACGGAGGGGAAUACGAUAAAAAGUUUUGGAGGUUUCUUCGUCUGUUUUGAUUUCACAACAGAGAGGUUCGGACCGCUUCGGCCUCUACCGUCUCAGCCUGAACAUGGAAGAUUUUCCAUCUGUCUGUCUUGUGUUAGAGAAGACCAGCUCGCUGUGUUGUAUCAACAGUUAGAUAACACAGUCGAGAUUAGUGUUACAGACAAGAUUAGUCCUGAUGUUGUGUCGUGGACAAAGUUUUUGAAGCUGCUCAUUGGCUCUUGGGUUAACCCUUUCUCCCGUAGCCUUUUCAUUGACGAGGAAAAGAAAGUCGCUGUGGUUUUCAGUCUAGAACUGGGCAAGGCAUGUUUCUACCAAACUGCUCACGUCAUUGGACAAGAUGGAUACUUCAAAUCUGUGAGAAUCGGAGAAGCUCUGAAUGUUGAUAUUUUGAAUUAUUGUGCCCCACUGGUGUGCUCUUCAUAUCUUCCAAGCUUACUACAAAUCAAGGCAACCAACCGUACUAAUGGAAAGAAUGUGAUUAUACAUUAAUUAUUUACAUCUUCUUUAGGACAAUUAUUCAUUUGUGUUUUGCUUUUUUUUUUCUUUUUCUCAUUGUCUUUUGAAUGUUUUGGACUCUUUUCGAAUUGUUUACAUGUCCCUUGUGAUAUGUAAUAAAAUCUUUAUGUCAA